UCUUUACUGUAAAUUAUUAUCAAUUUAAAUUUACGCUACAAAUAGAGAAUGGAAGCUGACUGAUAGUUACCGUAUAAUUCCUAAAUUUAAAUGUAUGUUGUAUCUUUUAGGUAACUGCAUCUACUGUGGUGUGUUCCAAACAUUUUAAAACUGAGGAUUACAACUGGACACCACUAAGAAAGAGACUGAAAAGUGAUUCUAUUCCAUCAGUUUUUAAUUGGGUAGAACAAACAACUCCAAGAAGACCAUUGAAAAGAAAAAUUCUUUCACCAAAGAAAAUGCUCAUUGAAAGUAGUGUCCAUAAUGAAGACGAGGAAGAUAUUACAACAAGCACUGAUUGCCUGCCAUCUACAUCUGUGUCUUCAGAAACAGACGAGGAAAGUGAUAUUAAAAGGCUGAGGUUAGAACUGGUCGAGGCCAAAAAAAGAUGUCAAGACCUUGAGGCUCAGCUGAGCUUAGAAAAAUUUGGCAUUGAGCGAUUCAGUAAAGACGAUUCACUCAUGCUGUUUUACACAGGAUUUACUUCUUACAAACAUUUUUAUUUAUUUUAUCGUUGCGUUGAACCAAACGCAAAAACUAUGGUCAGUGCAUAUUACCAGGGAACACCUACAUUUAGUUUAGCUGGAAGAAAACGGAACAUGUUAUUAAUUGAUGAACUGUUUAUGUUCUUAUGCAGAUUAAGGGUAGGUCUAUUAGAACAAGACCUUGGUGUCAGAUUCAACUGUUCUAUAUCGACUGUUAGCCGAAAAAUAAUAACAUGGGUUAACUUUCUGUAUAUGGUUUUGGGCAGGAUACCACUUUGGAUGUCUCGGGAAGCUAUUAAUGAAUGCAUGCCCGAGUGUUUUAAAGUACUGUAUCCAAAAACAAGAGUUGUGAUAGAUUGUACGGAAAUUAAGACUCAGCAGCCUUCAUCUCUUGUUUUAAAUUCUCAGAUGUAUUCAAAUUACAAAGGGUCAUGCACAUUUAAAUGUUUGCUUGGUGUAGCACCCCAUGGGCUUAUAACAUUUGUGUCACCAUUAUAUACUGGAUGCAUGUCAGAUGUUGAGAUCACUAAACUUUCUGGUCUCCUUGAAUUUCUGGAAAAUGGAGAUGAUGUGAUGGCUGAUAAAGGAUCACAUUGA